AAACGACAACUUGAAAAUGGAGGAGAUGAUGGUCAUCAUCGUGGUGAAGGAAGAGGAGGAGGAGGAGGAGGAGGAGGAGGUAAGAAUAGUCACUGGUCAAUGGUCCUGCACUGAAAGUUUCGAUCUGCAAGCAUAGGUCGUCUCGGCGAUGCGGUCUUCCUCUUCAAUGUUGGUCAGGAGAGAAUAAGUUGUGCCUUCAGAAUGCACGUACCGAAAAUGUUGUUCCUGGAUUACAACCUUUAAGACGUGCAAUGAGUUUCCUUUUAUCGGUCAAGAGAAAAAGCAGCGACUCUUUGAUGAGUGACAGGGAUUUUAGCAUGACUUGUUGAAAACUCAGGUGAAUAUUUUUCGUACUUGAGUUCUGGGUCUAGAGAGAGGAAGGUAAGCUCCAGAGACUUCAAGAGUUUAAUGGAGAGUUCUAAUUCUAUGGUUCAUGACGUACUCUUUACUUGCCUGAAUGGACCCAAUUGUUCGUUUCGUGCUUUUUCUCGUGAACUUUUUCCUUUUUAUUUUGUGAUUGAAUGGAAUGGUGUAUUCUGUCGGAGUAAUCAAUCAUGGUUUGAAUCAUAUUUGCUGUUGCCUGCCGGCUUGUGAGAUGAUCCAAGACCUUUCACUGCUUGUGAUACUCUUUGUAAAGGUCGAAGGGGUAGUCUUGAUGGAUCAGGUUCAUGAAGUGUUUUUUUUAGUUUUCUGAAGGGCUCAUGCAUGAAGACAAUCUUCUGUAGUAGUUAAUGUUUGAUGGAAUGUCUAUGCUCUAGAAAAUCAGCUUCUCAUGAAUGGAAGUGUAGUAAGCCUCAUACUUCUCGCAUUUUUUUUUUAUCUUAGUUUCUUGCUGCAAGUUUUGCUGUUUUUCAGAGUAUUUGUCUACUCCAGAUAUUAUGACCCUUUCUGGCGGUCAUUCAGUUUGACGGUGGGAUUCUGAUGUUGGACCAACGAUCAGGAGAAAUGUCUUUUCGCUUUGUCGUUUCAAGAAUUGGUGGAUAUUUCAGCAACUAUACUCGUUAGCACGAUUGAUACAUAAGUUCUAUCAAUUCAAUGUCUUGGUAUGUCGCUAGUAGCCCAUCUUGGGAGGCUUCCACCACAUCACAGUUGGAACUUGCACCAAUGCCAAAAGAUUCAGGCAUAAAGAUGGGAGUUCCAUUGCAACAUUCUCAUGGCUUCAAACAAUUGAAUGUUCAUUUUCAAGAGCAGGACUCGUGUUCUACUCAAUCAACCGGUCAAUCAUACAAUGAAGUGCCUAAUAUAGGAGGAAGUACUGAAUAUAACCAAGCCACAAUUUUAGAACAGACAGAACAUGGCGAAACUGAAGGGCAAUCCGUGAGAGGACAAGCUAAAUCAGUCUUGUCAAUGGCAACUCGGGAUUUAAUCUUCCAACCUUUAGAGGUGUGCAUCCCACUCCACCAUGCUGAACCAUCCUUGGGUGGUUUUAUGCCUGCUGCUUACGGGCCACAGGCUAUGAUCUCUUGCCCUCGAAUGGCAGGAACAAUACCUUCUCGACUGCCUCUGCCCUUCGACAUGACACGAGAAGAACCGAUCUAUGUAAAUGCAAAACAGUAUCAUGGUAUUCUCAGGAGAAGACAGUACCGUGCGAAGCUCGAGGCUGAAAACAAGCUCAUCAAGGAUAGAAAGCCUUACCUUCACGAAUCUCGGCAUCAUCAUGCAUUAAGAAGGGCAAGAGGAUCCGGUGGGCGUUUUCUCUCAAAGAAUCAGAAAGAAUCAAAAUUUACUACUCUUAAUGAUGAAUCAAAUGUCAGAAGCGUGUCUUCAGCCAGUGAUUUACCGAAUUUGGAGGUGCGUUGGCUGAAAGAUCACGGAGACACCGCCUCCACCACCUCUUGCUCCAAAACGACACAAACCAUCACCAGAAGUGAUGCCAUACCGGUAUCAAAAUUCAGGUUCUUUGGUCAACCUUGGCAUGUGACGACUACGUGUGAUCCUUCUUGUGACGUUCAUUAUAGUGGAGAUAUUCACCAUCUUUCUCUGCCAGGUGAAAGAUGAGUCAGGACAACAAUCACAGUCGACAGCUAUGUGAAUUUGGCUUGUAAGUGGAGAAAGUACAGCAGCUGGUUUUCAAUGGGAAGCCAUCCUUGGCUAUAUUAGUGUUGCUUCAAAACUACUUAAUUGCUGCGCUUGUCAAAGUAAAAGCCUGCUGAUUACAGACUCUGUUACGAAACUGUCGUCGUACAUAAGCUUGUUAAGCAUGUUAUUAUGGUAAGCAUGUGAGAUUGUUUGCCUGAUUGU